AUGAAGACAGCAUCCAUUGCCGCAGCAGCUGCUGCUAUGUUCACCACCAUGGUCGAGGCUCAAGCUUUCACCCUCAAGAUGCGUUCUAGUGACGAUCGUUACAACGAUGUUCCCGUGGUCGCCUGGAACGGCAUGUUCAUUGCAGAACUCAAUGGCAACAGCACCACUGCAACCUGCCCUCCUUGGGACACCAACUGCGCCGGAAGAGACACAACCAUCUUCUCGGGGCCCACUGUUGGCGGCCAGGCGACCCAGAUGUGGAUGGGAAUUCUCCAGGAGCACGGCCAGAGAGUCUACACACACCCACCUCCCAAGGGUCUUUUCGAGUCAACAGGGUACGGCGACCUGAUCAGCUACACAGCAGCAGGCAAUGAUGAGUCCGCCAACGUACCCAAGGUUGAUGACUUCAAUGAUCUCUGGAACAUCGUUACAAUUGACAACGACAAUGGCCUUUAUGGCUCCGUCAGAGGUGACCAAGCCCUCGCUCAUGGCCCUGACAACCGCUAUGUUUUCGAUCUGUGCACUGCGAGCAACAACCCCUGGGGUGGAGAGACUCACAUCAUCUCCACUGUGUCAAAGUACUGCUACCCUGUCAUGAUUGUCGUUGAGCCUACAGAUGCGGCUGCUCCUCAAUUCUACAACUGUGAUGGUUGUGAGUUGAGAGGAAAGGACCUUGCCAAGGAUGGACCUGCUUGUGCCCCUCCGUUCUGUGGCAGUAACAACAGAUGGUGGUGGAUUUAA